AUGCCGUGGGGGGAGAUGACCAUAAUGUUGCACGACGUGCAACGCAUCUUGGGAAUUGGCAUUGACGGUUCACUUCCCGUGCAACCGUCUGAUAAUGAAUGGCAGCUUGGCCUGGCCGGCCUUUUUGGUAUGCCAUUGUCGGAGCUGCGUGCGAAGGGGCACUUCACAAGCGGCAGCAUUAAUGUUGGUGCACUGUUGCAGCUAUGCCACCGUUCUCAGUCUAUGGAUACUCAACGUACCGCCUACUACAUGGCUAUAGUAGGUUCCACGUUGCUCGUGGAUAAGACUAGAGUCGGGAUGCGUCCUCACCCUGUUGUUACUGUUACCGCUGAUGAGGCUGAUAUUGCUUGGGGUGCAGUGACGCUUGCUCACAUGUAUCGCCAACUGGGUAUGGCGACAAGGACUGGGUGCAAGACUAUUGCUGGUUGCCUGACACUGUUGCAGACAUGGAUUUACGAGUACUUCCCAGCCUUCCGCCCCCAUCCGCGUCAAGCUGACAUGCCGAACAAGACAAGGGCAGAGAUGUGGUCCCCGCCGAAGCCAAUCCGCGAGCUGAGCAGACUGAUAGACUGUAGGAGCAUACUGGAUGCCAUGACAGAGGCACAGGUGGAGUGGACUCCGUACUUGACUUAUGAUAGGUCUUUAUUGAACGAGCACCCACGUACCUCGUAUAUCGGUGGUAUCACCUGUUUCGAUAUCGUGGAGGUCUAUUUGCCUGAGAGGACAGUGAGGCAGCUCGGUUUUGCACAGGAGAUUCCCCCGGCUCCGCUGAGACCUACCCAAGCUCUGCGACCAGCACAGGGCUCCUACUCAGUUACAUUCGCUUCUUCCUGUAUGUUUACGGAGAUGUGGAGUAGGUUCCCUUACUGUGCCCGCGUAGUGGAGCAGGCACAGCGUCGCGCAUCGGUUCCAUCAGAGGCUGCCCCGGAUUACGUGGACUGGUUUAGAGUGUCUUCCCACUGUUUUCUCAUCCCAGGUGAAGGACCUGCUGCUGCGUUUGGUGCUGCUGAUAACAGAGUCGAAUAUUUUGCUGCUGAAUUUCCAACUCGACUUGCACCAUUGCUCAGGAUGCCAGCUAUUGCUCAAAUGACGCCUCGGGAAAGAGAUGCUGCUGAUAUGUAUUAA